GCUAAGAAAAUGUGUUCCUUCUCUGUAGGAGCUUUUCCAUCUCUCUCUCUCUCUCUCUCUCUCUCUCUCUCUCUCUCUCGCUUGCUCUCUCCAUCUCUCUCUCUCUGAUACUAGAAACUGUGUUUCUUCUCUGUAGGAGCUUUUCUGUCUUUCUCACUCUCACACUUAUCUCUCUCUUUCUCUAUGUAUCUGUUUCUUUCUUCUUUUCUAUAGCUCAUUCUCCUCCUUCCUUCCUUUUUCUAUCUCUCUGUGCUUUUCUCUCUCUCUCUCCGAUACAAGAAAACGUGUUCCUUCUCUGUAGGAGCUUUUCUGUCUUUCUUACUCUCAUCCUCACUGUUAUCUCUCUCUCUUUCUCUAUGCAUCUAUCUUUCUCUUCCUUUCUUUAGCUCAUUCUCCUCCUUCCUUCCUUAUUCUCUCUUUCUGUACUCUUCCCUCUCUCUCUAGGACCAUCUCUCUCUCUCUUCCCCAUCUCUCUCCGAUGCUAGAAAACAUGUUCCUUCUCUGUAGGAGCUUUUCUCUCUCUUUCCUUCACUCUCUCUCUUUCCAUAUUCCUCUCUCUCUCUCUUUCUCUCUGCAUCUCUCUCUAUCUCUCUGAUACUAGAAAACGUGUUCCCUCUCUGUAGGCGCUUCUCUCUCUUUCCUUCGCUCUCUCUCUUUCCAUACUCCUCUCUCUCUCUCCGAUGUUAGAAAACAUGUUCCUUCUCUGUAGGAGCUUUUCUCUCUCUUUGCUUCACUCUCUCUCUCUUUCCAUACUCCUCUCUCUCUCUCUCUUUCUCUCUCCAUCUCUCUCUCUCUAUCUCUCUGAUACUAGAAAACGUGUUCCUUCUCUGUAGGAGCUUCUCUCUCUCUCUCUCUCUCUCUCUCUCUCUCUCUCUCUCUCUCUCUCUCUCGAUGCCGGUGUUGGUGUGUGUGGUAGUAAAGCUGUGGAGUGUUUCUCCUCCUCCUCCUUUUUCUUCUUCUUCUUCUUCUGGAUUGUAAAGGCAGGAUCAUGUUCUAUUUCCAGCUGGUGAUCAUGGCGGGCACCGUGCUGUUGGCGUAUUACUUCGAGUACACCGACACCUUCCCCGUGCACGUCCAGGGCUUCUUCUGCUACGACAAGUCCUUCUCCAAGCCCUACCCGGGUCCCGACGAGACCAGCAAAGUGCCGCCGGUGCUGGUCUACUCGCUGGUCACCGCCGUGCCCACCAUCACGAUUCUAGCCGGUGAGUUGAUGGCAUUCUUCAUGAAGUCUGAAGGAACUCAAGAGAAGACCAUCGUCACAGCAGACUGCUGCUACUUCAACCCGCUGCUGCGACGCAUCAUACGCUUUCUAGGCGUCUACUCCUUUGGUCUCUUCACCACUACUAUCUUUGCCAACGCCGGUCAGGUGGUCACAGGAAACCAGACGCCUCACUUCCUGUCAGCUUGCCGGCCGAACUACACAGCGCUGGGCUGCCAGUCGAAUCUCCAGUACAUCACUGAACGUCGUGCCUGCACCGGGAACCCUCUCAUCGUGGCAUCUGCCCGCAAAUCCUUCCCUUCCAAGGAUGCAGCACUGAGCGUCUACUCUGCAGUUUAUACUGUGAUGUACGUGACGUUGGUGUUCAGGACGAAAGGUACCCGCCUGACGAAACCGACCCUCAGCCUCACCCUGCUGUGCCUGGCCAUGCUGGUGGGGGUGGUACGGGUGGCGGAGUACCGCAACCACUGGGCAGAUGUUCUUGCUGGAUACUUUACCGGAGGAGCCAUCGCUGUUUUUCUGGUGACCUGUGUGAUCAACAACUUUCAGCAGACAAAGCCCCCUCCUCUUCCCCUGCGACCCCAGCGCCCAGAGUCCGUGCUGGGCAUGCCCAUGGUGGCGCUGCCCUGUGUGGAGAGUCCACUCGAAAAGUUAAGUGGCCCUCAGACUCCAAGGGGAUCUCCAUUCACUGAGAUCACAUGACCAUCAGCACUAUCGGUUCCCCGCCACCCCCGAUGUCCUCAUACCGUCUCGCUCCAUUUCCAGCGAAGUCUAGACCAGCCGUCCGAGCCGCACGCUCACCAGUGCUCCGCCCACACCGCCGGACGCUACGCCACCCUCCACCGCUCCUACUCCACGCAGGUCUAGACCCGCCCGCUCCGCCUCCACCCUCCACCCCAUCAGGCCCUCUGUUCCAUGCUGCCCUCAGGGCUGCCAUGCGCUGCUCCAACAAACCAGAAGCGACAAUCCGCGGAAAGCUCGGUUACGGAGCUUCGCCCGAGCUUUUGGUCCAGGAUGUUUGUGCCAGCAAAAGCUCAAGGUGAUGGAACGUUUGUCUGAGGCAGACAUUAUGUCUUGGUUAGUUUGUCUGAGCAGUGCAUUGAAGCCUUUACAUUUAGCUUAAAAAACCUGUCCUGUCCAGUCCAAACCAUCCAGACCUAUUCCCAGGGGAACCGAUGGAGUCCUGCUCAUGUGCGGGACUUCUGAGAAAAUCAAAAAAGAAACGAACAAACCAAAAAAAGACUAAAAUAAUAGCACAGUGUCUGGUAGGCCUCUUUUAUUUAUUGAUUUAUUGAUUUAUUUAUUAUUUUUGUAUUUUUUUUUUUUUACAUUUUUGUGUGUUUUUUUUAACAGGCAUGUCUUUUUUUAAUUAUAUUGUUACAUACAGGGGUUGCACAAUGAAACUGAAACACCUGUCAUUUUAGUGUGGGAGGUUUCAUGGCUAAAUUGGAGCAGCCUGGUGGCCAAUCUUCAUUAAUUGCACAUUAUUGCACCAGUAAGAGCAGAGUGUGAAGGUUCAAUUAGCAAUGCACACUAUAACAUUAUGGGUGACAUACCAGAGUUAAAAAGAGGACAAAUUGUUGGUGCACGUCUUGCUGGCGCAUCUGUGACCAAGACAGCAAGUCUUUGUGAUGUAUCAAGAGCCACGGUAUCCAGGGUAAUGUCAGCAUACCACCAAGAAGGACCAAUCACAUCCAACAGGAUUAACUGUGGACGCUGUAAGAGGAAGCUGUCUGAAAGGGAUGUUCGGGUACUAACCCGGAUUGUAUCCAAAAAACAUAAAACCACGGCUGAUCAAAUCACGGCAGAAUUCAAUGUGCACCUCAACUCUCCUGUUUCCACCAGAACUGUCCGUCACCACAAUAAAUUAUUGUGGUCUAAAACCAGGUGUUUCAGUUUCAUUGUCCAACCCCUAUAAGUUUCAUUGUACAUACUGUGUACAUUAUAAUAUUGUUUGGAUUUCAACAACCAUGCCAGCAUAUCCAGCAGCAAACUGGGAAAGAGGAGAGAAAUUCCCAAUUCCCAAAAUGCCCAGCACCUGCCCAGCGGGGAACCCACCUGGAGAAAUGCCAUGAAUAUUCUCCAAUGCUUUUGAUCUUCUGUAUCUACUACACCUUUUUGAGGAAUUACAGCAACUACAGCUCUGGAAAUAUAUGGAUAUACUAUACUGUAUGAUGAUUUUGAUGCUAGUUUGUGCUGCUAGCUUCCUAAUCAGUGCCCAAUCAUUUCUUCUCAAUCAACAUAAAACAGGCAGCUCAAAGGGCACCUAUGACUCUCAUUGUGUACACACUCAUUAAGAACCAACCUCACGGAAGAGCACAUGGAGCUCAUGGAGGCAUUUUGGGCCCAGUUUUUCCUUUUUCUCCAAUGGAUUUCUCCAGCAGCCUCCAGAACUCCAGGUAUAUUUAUCCUGUUAGCAGCAACCCAGCAUUCUGAUGCAUAAAACAGCAUUUCCGUCAACCUCGUUCCCAUAAUAAAUAAAUCUCUCUCAGACACAACACCUACUGCCAGCUUACAGAGAUCAGAGCAAACUCCCCUUUGUUCCUCAGGAUAACAGAACAAAUCUGAUCUGAGAGCAACACCGAGAGCCUCUGUCACUUUUACUCAGUCGGUUCUGUCAGUGUUUGAGGUUGAAAACGCUGUGAGUCAUGCAUUAUACCCUCACUGACAAAGAAAAUAUAAAAAAUAACACACCAUUUAUAAAUGAUAUGUACAGCUCUGGAAAAAAAAUAAUAAGAGAGCACUUAAAAUGAUGAGUUUCUUUGAUUUUACCUAAUUGGAAACCACUGGAAUAUAAUCAAGAGGAAGAUGGAUGAUCACAAGCCAUCAAACCAAACUGAACUGCCUAAAUUUUUGAACCAGGAGUAAAGCAGCAUAAAGUUAUCCAAAAGCAGUGUGUAAGACUGGUGGAGGAGAACAUGUCAAGAUGCAUGAAAUCUGUGAUUAAAAAACAGGAUUAUUCCACCAAAUAUUGAUUUCUGAACUCUUAAAACUCAUAUUUUUGCAAAUAAAUGCUCUAUGACAUUAUUUUGAAUUUGGGAGAAAUGUUGUCUGUAGUUUAUAUAAUAAAAUAACAAUGUUCAUUUUACUCAAACAUAAACCUAUAAAUAGCAAAAUCAGAGAAACUGAUGGUCUCUCAACUUUUUUCCAGAGCUGUAUAUUAUAUACAGUGGUGUGAAAAAGUUUUUGCCCCUUUAUUUUGUUUUGUUUUUUUGUCAUACUUACAAUUUUCAGAUUAGCAAACAAACUUUAAUAUCAGACAAAUGUAAUAAAAUAAAUUAUUAAUGAAAAAAAGGAAAAAAAAAAAAAAGUGUUUGCCCCUCCAUAAAUUGUUUUUGAUUGAUUAAUCACACUUCUUAAAAAAAAGCUAAGUUCAAUUUGACUACCAACCACAACUAGGCCUGAUUACUACCAGAAAAAGAUCAUCAUACUGAAUGUAAAACAUGGUGCUGAUAGUGUUUGCCAGGAACCCAAACAAUGUGAGCUGUAGUUAAUGUCAUUUAUGACACAGCGGGUAGUCUGGAGAGCCAGACUGGAAACAUAAGGAACAGGGCAUCUUAAUACAUGUAAAAAAGAUAGAGAAACCAGAAAGGCAGAGUAAAAGUUAUGUAAAACAGAGAGUAUAUAACAUUUUCAAAGCGUGGCUAAUGACUGAGUAAAACAGCCUAAGCCAGAAGGUAACAUGAAUGGCUUAAAAAAACAAAAUUAAGGUUUUGGAGUGGCCUAGUCAAAGGCAUCACACCAGCAGUUGGGGCAAUUUGUUGCUUCAUAGCAAAGGCAUUAUUGAAGCCGUCUCAAAAAAUAUCUCCAUACUCCAUACUAAAGGCCAAUUUAUGCUUCUGCGACAAACCUACGAUAAUCUCUCACCAAGAGGUACACUACCCAGACGCAGCCACUGAGUUCCUUUUUUAUGGGUCGGUGAGAAAAGUAUUUAAUUUUUUGGUGCCCUCUUGUGGUAAGACCCAGUAUACAAUCAGAACACUCCUGUAAUUAUUAUUAUAUAAUUUUUAUUUUUUUGUCAAUUAUAUAUAACAAAUGCUGGGAACACUGGGAACACUUUUAUUCUACAUUUACUUUUUUUUAUUAUUCACAUAAUCCACUGGUGACAAAACUGGAACUCCAAAAUAAACUAAGCUUAUGAUGGGGACGUUUUACUCUGAUGAUCUGUUAAAAAAAAAGAUAUGAAUUUCUUGGUCUGUGUGUAAUAAUAUUAAUUGAUAAUAUUAAUAUUAUUUAAUACCUGUUCUCUGAACAACAGCACUAGUCUUCACCUAGUGUGACAGUUUUGCUGCUUUUGAUUUGCACAAUGCUUCAUCCACACCUGUGUUAUCUUUCCAACCUUUCCUUUCUAGCCCCGCCCCUUUUCCCCCCAGCAACAACAUUUAUUUUGUGCUCCUCUGUGAUGUGGAAAAUUGGAAAGUUACCCCCUCUCUGCUGGAUCGACAGUAUUGCCAUACUGCAUAUCGUUGCUGUCCAAUGAAAAACACUUAUCUCCAAAACAGCAACUUUACAGGAGAGAGAAAAAACCUUGUAAACUUUCAAUGAAAGUCAAUGUAAAAAGAGUUUUGUUUCAGGUCAUUUUGAAGCAUUUCUAUUGGUCCGUUCAUCAAUAAAUUUUGGCACAGUGUAAGGGACAGUUUGUCUGUUCAAAUUAUGUAGUAAACCAAAAAUCUACAAAAAUGGAGAUGAGUGUUUUUCAUUGGACAGCGACGAUAUACAUACAGGUGCAAUCUUAAAAAAUUGGAAUAUCAUUGGAAAUUUGCUUUAGUUUUUAGUAAUUGAGGUCAAAAAGUGAAUUUCAUAUAUUAUAUAGAUGUAUUAAACACACAGAGUGAUCUAUUUUAAGCGUUUAAUUCUUUAUAAUUGUUGAUGAUUAUGGCUUACAGCCAAUGAAAAACCGAAAAUCAGUUUCUCAGAAAAUUUGAAUAUUAUAACAAAACCAAGACUAAUUGGUACUUUUGGCAGUGUGGGCAGUGUGCCAAAUCCUGCUGGAAAAUGAAAUCCGCAUCUCCAGAAAAAAAAUUUCAGCAGAGGGAAGCAUGAAGUACUUCCGAUUCCAAAAGUACCAAUUUGUCUUAUAUAAUAUUCUUAUUCAUAUUUUCUGAGAAAAUGAUUUUUUGGGUUUAUAAUUGGCUGUAAGCCAUAAUCAUAAACUAUAAAAGAAAUAAACUAUUAAAAUAGAUCACUCUGUGUUUAAUUCUUCUAUAUAAUAUAUGAGAUUCACAUUUUUUCGCUGAAUUACUCAAAUAAAGAUAACAUUUUUUUAAUGAAAUAAUGAUCUAAUUUUUUUAAAAUUCCACCUGUACAGUAUAUACAUUCAUACACACACAAACACACACAGAUAUUACAGUAUACACACCACUGACGCUCCUCGACCCUUUAUUCUGUGAUACUUUAACCCCUUUCUCCUCUUUCUUACAUGAACCAUGUUUGUACAGUUUUGUAAAUAUAAAUCUUUUUGUAAAAAAAAAAGAAAAAAAAGCUGAAGAAGAUGAAGAAAUGGAAAAGAAAAAAAAAUGAAAAAAUGUGUUUUUCACUGGCACCCAUGUGCACCCACUGUUGUUACCAUAGUGACCCACUACUCUUACGGUAUUCUUCUUACACUGGAUCUGAUAAGUAAAUUUGGAUGAGGACCAGUUACUGGUUUAGAGUUUUGGACUUUGGAUUUUGAAGCCAUAUCCAUCUGAUACACAUUGGACUCACAGUACUGUUCUCAAGUACUCAUACUCUAUAUGUUACAUUAAGUUACCUUAAUGCCUUUACCUGACAUAUAGAGAUCACCUGAUAUUUGAUUUAUCUAUGAAAGUUUUCAGUCAAUCAAUUAAUCAGUCAGUCAGGAUAUAAACUCUUUAUUAAAUCUUCACAACGGAGAACGUCAAGGCUGCUGAACUGUUUAACCUCCUGAGACCCGGAUUUUUGAUUGGGGUGAAUUUAGGAUUAAUUGGACCCAUAGACUGUGUAUAGCUGGACAGAGCAUCGUCUCUCAAAAGUGAAGCCACCACAGGUCGGGCGCCCCCUGCUGUUCGGUUUCAGAAAGCUGUUUAGUAACCCCACCCAUCCCCAUAGGUUUCAACGGCAAAACAGACAAUUUUCACGUUUUUUUCCCAAUAUACUGUAAUUCUACCUCCUUUAUUUAAAUGCAGCAGCUAGCGUAACCUCUGCUUAUAUUGUUAAAUUUUAUAUCCCCACAGAAUUCAUUUUUUAAAACGUUAUUCAGCUCUAUUUAAAAAAGGUGUGGUUAUUGUAAAAGGGCUGCUUAUGGGCGGGACUAAUAACAGACCGUCAGCUCAGCUCCGCUCUGCAGCCUGUGACCUCGAGGCAGCCCUCAGGGGCGGGGUUAUUUAAAUGAGUAGGCUGUCUCUCCACAGUCUUUCUAGCUCCUCUGGUCUCUACUGCGCUCUACAGACUCGGGCAUCAGGAUCGACAACAUGGCGGAAGAUUUUGGCUUCUUUUUCAUUGAAUGAAUGGGAACGGAGACACGACGUCCAUCUUUUUUUACAGUCUCUGUUUGGACCUGACAAGAAUUAAUACAAAACUUUGUCUAUGUCCAGGAAGUCCCCAUUCAAAAGUUUUAAUUCUUUAUACAGUAAUAAAUAAAGUAGUUUCAAACAUAAAACUCUAUUAGAAUUCUUACCUGGCCCAUGUUUCUGUCUGAACUGGCUGUAGAAACUCUUGACUGGGAUUCCCGCCAUCUUGUUUUUUUAAUUAAUUGAAUGUAAUGUUGUAAUGUGAGCUAUAGAUGGUACAGACAGUGUCUUCAUAUGAGGCCAAAAAGUCUAAAUUUUAAAAAUGAUGAUGCAUUGUAGUGCAGAGAAGCAGAAAUGUAAUGUUCCCACAUAAAAACACAGGGUAUCAAGAGGUUAAGCCUUCAAAGACUUAGAUGAGACACUCUUCAAGAAUGUUUAACUUUCUUUUUUGUAAAACUAAGGUAAUGAACUAUGAGGUUUUCGUUUAUUGUGUAACUUAAAGACGAAACUCAGAGGUGUGCGUCCGGAACGUAGUGAAAUUACCGUAGCAAAAAACAGUAGAUAAUUCAGCCUGUAAUUUUCUCAGAGGACGUCUGAGAAAAAAAACGUACAUGGUUGUUCCGGACGGGAAUAAAAUCACAGAGGAUAAAAUCCCCCAUAAAAGAGAAAAUUACCCCAGGUCCCCCUGAGAAACUAAUCCUGUCCGAAUAGGGCUUAAGCCACAUUUAAGUACACUCACCCUAUUAAAUAAAGUCAAAAUUGACUUUGACACACAUGCAAAUUACAUAACCUGUACAACUGUAAUAAAUCUGUAACACAUGGAUUGUUUAUGUGUAACAACAUGGUUACUUAAGGCACUUAUUAUAAUGUGGGACCAUAGUUUAUUUAUUGUAUAUUAUAUUAUAUUAUAUUAUAUUAUAUAUAUUUAUUCAUUAUUAAUUCCCCUUCAGCCCAUGUGAGCAUGAGGAUGGGUUGCAUACUAUUUACAAAUAUACCUGUAAACAAUACAAUUACAAUAUACAAUUACAAUAUACAAUUACAAUUUAAAGUAUACAGCAUUUAAACACUAGACUGAUUAAAACAGCGAAAUAUACUGAUUAAUAUACUGAUUCAAUCAGAAUAAGCAGUUGUUUCUUUCCUGUUGAAAUAAAAAACAGCCGUUUUAUUUUGGUUGACCAGCUUUAGCUUUCAUAUGAGAUUAAUGGAUUUUGGUGGUCUUUACUUAACCAGCAGAACCACAACAGUUGACUAAUCCAACAGUUUGAUCAGCUUGAUCAAACCAAUCAACUAGUAUAACCAGCUUUUGGAAAAGCCUGGUGAAGCUGAUCAUGCUGAUAGACCAUCCAUUUAAUCUAUUUAGGAAUUGGUGAGCAUUAAGCAAAUUAUCAUCCACCUUAUUCUUAGAUGUGUAGCAACGGGUCUUUUUAAAGGUUUUUCCACAGUUCAGUUCAGCUGCCUUGACUCACUUCAAGAUCACAGGUGAUACGAUUGAAACAUCUGGACAGAUGCAUAACCUCCAGACCUCCAGUCUAAAGUCUGAUGAUGUUGAGAGAAUGGGUUGAGAAUGAGUUUCUUUACCGUGUUUAAAGAUUAAUAGAGAAGCAAUGAUCCAUCCAUUGGAAUAUGUGGCAAGAAGAACAUUAAUUUUUUGGACACUAAAUGCACAGGUUUACAUUGUUCUCCAAGAUCUCCUCUUUAUGGAACAGUUAGUCCAGAAUCUGGAGGUCAGGUGUGGUGGUGAGGGUCAGCUGAGGGGAUUGAAGGUGUCACAUUUUCUUCCAUGUUGUUACGAUGUAUGCAAUGUUUUGUAAAGGUCUGUCUGAUGAGAACAAUAAAUGGAUAUUGCAAUA